AUGCCCUAUCUAUCCUCCGAAGCCCUGAAGGGCCUGAAGGCGUACCAAUACAAGGCGGGUGGCUACACGUGGCUGGACGACCUGCACACGCCGGCAUGGAACUAUGUAGUGAGCAAGUUGCCCAUGUGGCUGGCGCCGAAUAUGAUAACGCUGUCUGGCACAUUGGCGGUCGUCAUGGCGUACCUGUUGACGAUUUGGUACCUGCCAAAUUUCCAAGGCGAAGCACCUCGUUGGGUGUACGCAGCAAGUGCCUUUUCUGUUUUCUUUUAUGUCAACCUGGAUUGCAUCGACGGGAAGCAGGCCCGCCGAACCGGGAGCUCUUCACCUCUUGGGCAGCUGUUCGAUCAUGGCUGUGAUGCAUUGGUGGUGCACAUCCUCAUUGCAAACGUCAUCGCGAACUUCAGCCAUUCCUGUGGAUGGAAAGUGGUGGUUGGUGCCUUGUCGAUAAUGACACCUUGGGUUCUGGCCCAGUGGGAGGAGUACCAUACAGGCAUGAUGUUGUACAGUGUCUCCGGCUUAUGGGGUGUGCUGGAGGCCAACUAUGCAACUGCUGGGGUGCAUGUCGUCACUGCUGUCUGGGGGCCGGCUGUCUGGAGACUCAGGCCACUGGGACUGCCUUUCGAGCUGGCUGAUGGCGCGCUUGCUGGAAUGACGUUAGCGGGGGCCAUACAGACUGCUGGGCAGAUUUGGCGUGUGCUGAAGUAUGAUACAAGCAAAAUGUCAAAACAGGAGCGCGGGCACAAAGAGCUCGGAGGCGGCCUCGCAGCCUGGCAUCUGCUUUUCUUCCUCAUGUUGUUUUUGCCGGCAGCCAUGUGGCUCGGCGCUCCCACGACUGCCCCCGGACAGUGCCGCGCAAUUUUCAGCAGCUUUGGGCUCACUUUCGCCCUGGUUUCUACGCAGCUGAUUGUGGCCCACAUGGGCAAGGUGGCAUUCGAGCCGGCUUGGUGGUCAAUGUGCCUUGUGUUCGUGGGCGCUGCGAACGUGCACCUUCAGCUAUUUGAUGGACCCGCACUGUCUUUCAUCAUUGCUGCGACGAUACUGUGUGGGUACCUGCACUACGUCACAUCAGUUGUCAACGAAAUCUGUCAAUUUCUCAACAUUUGGUGUCUAUGGAUCAAGAAGUCGAGCUGA